GUUCUGGCCAGGUGCCCGCCCCGGGAGCCGUGCUCGGUCGGCGGUCCUCAGAACCGAUGUCUGUGCCCCCAGUUAAUAGGAAAUUUCACUUUCGGUCCUCUUCGAGUUCUGUCUUCUCUGCUUUCCCUGCAGAAAGUAUUUUUAUGGUUGGAAGUGUUUUACUAGUCGCCGUAGCAUAGCUCUGCCACAGCGUUAGGCAUCCGAGUUUAAAGGCACGUUUUUUUAGAAAUUCCCUUGACCCAGGGUUCUGUUGCAUUGAACAUUUUCUCCUGGAUGUUUCUGCACAGUGGUAGGAUACUGUUGCAAAAAACACCAUGAGUAUAUACACAUUUUGAUAAACAUUUGUUAACAAAAAUAAAGCUUAUUUGUAAAAGCAGGUCUCCAUAAGGUGGCUUAUUUUCUGUCUCAUUUGUCCAUUUAUCCAUGUUUGAGUUUUGCUGAACAAGAAUGAGUUUAUUAUCAAUUCUUGUUCACACAGCUCUGUAGAUGGCAGUCAGGAAGUUCCCUGGCAGGCAGCCUGUUUUAGGGUGAGAAGUUGAGGAGCAGCAAGUGGAUUCCUGUGUGAGAUCCUUGCCUGGGUUCCCUUGGAAAGUCGUGCCUGAACAGCCGCAGCUGAAGGUCCCUGCUGUAAAAUACAGGCACCAGAAACGUUUCUAAGAAGCCGGGGGGCACUGACAUUGGGCUGGUAACUUAACUUCUCGAGCCUCAGCCUCCACUGCUGUAAAAUGGGCAUAAAAAAAUGGAACAGUCGAGAAACAGGUGGCGCAGGCGCAUUUGUAUGCGUGAGCCAGGGUUACACAGGGACUGCUUUCAAAAGUGUCACCGAUUUGGGGCGAUAACCUGGAGCGCCUAUCUGUGGAGUCGCUUCUAACGCCAGGCUCAAAGGAGCAAGGGUAGAAGCAGGAGGCUGUCAGAGAAGGCUUCCAGUCGAGGAUCCAGGGAGAGCAAGGAAACACUGCUCCCUCCAAGUCCUCCCUCCCUCUGCUGGAGUUUGCCGCCAGAAGCCAGAGGGCCAGCCAGGUGGCCUUGUGUGGUCCCCCAGAGCAGGGUGGUCAGGAUGGAAAGUGGGUCUGGAGGAGCAAACGCUGGAGGUUGCCUGCUAUACAGUGUCGUUCCUGCUAUGAGGAAUACAUGUAGCGCUUCAUGUGAAGGCUUAAAGAGGCCUCUGGCAGGUGAUAACAGCUUGUACAGACCUGGAGACAUGGAGCUCAGCACUUGACAGGACAGCAGCAGUGUUAAAAACGCGGAGGCCUUAGCAUUUAAUGAGCUCCUGUACAGGCAUGGUCAAAAGCCUGUUUCUCUAAAGCCCAAUCCUGGGCUUUCACCACAACUUGCCUUCUGCUCUGUGCCAAACUCGGCCCAAUAAGUGGAUCCUCAGAGGGAACUGGAGUUGGCUUUUCUGGGCACCCACUGUGCAGCGUAAACCAGCACUGCCAGACAGAACUUUCUGUGAUGACGGAAAUGUUCUAAUCUGCAGUGUCCCCUCUGGUGGCCACCAGCCACGUGGGGCUGUGAGCACUUGACAUGAGGAGUUGGACUUUAAGUUUUAAUUUUCAUUAACUUAAAUGUACAUAGCCAUGUGUGGCUAGUGGUUACCGUUUUGGAAAGUGCAGGUAUAGCUUUGUAGGAAGACAGACCCCGAAAGGCAGGAGGAGUAAAGGUGAAUUUAUUGUUUGCUUGGCAAGGGAGGGCCACAGGGUCUCCCCAGACAGAAAUUGGAAGGCAGAAGGAGGAAGUACGCCCAGUUAGACAGCAUUCUGAGUUUCGGGGCUCAGGAUUGCCAGCCUUCAGGUUUCGGGGCAGCAGAGCUGGGAGCAUCUGGGAUGGGGGGCGUGGCUCCCGGCAGGCUCAGCAGGAUGCACGGGGACUGCUGAUUGGUGAGUCUUUUUCCUCUGGCCUCUCAUCAGUGUCCCCUGCUGCCCCCUCCAACUCUGUGACCACGGUUAAGUCAUUUCACCUCUCUUUGCCUCAGUUUUCUCUUCUGUCAAUUGGGGAUAUAACAGUACUUUCUUCACAGAGUUGUUAUGAGGACUAAAUGAGUUAAUCCUGGAAAAAUACCUCAAGCAGUAUCUGCACAGAGUGAGAUGUUCAGAGCCUCUUUGACUCUGCGUACUGAUUUUGAGCUCCACGUGGACGUUAGGAGCACCAGGAGUUCAUUCCUUCUUACUGUGGGGCUGCCUCCCAGCUCGCUGCUCCUCCUACCUGCUGAUGAGCUUUGAGUGAUAUCCAGUCGAUACAGCGUCGUUGAUUGAAAAGACCAUCCCUUCCCUGUUGGAACUCUCCUGGCACCUUUCGCAGAAAGCACUUCACUGGCUGCCCUUGUCCCCCCGCUGCCCUGCCCAUCCGUCUCAGGGCCUUCAGCACCCGGCUGCCGUGAUUACAGCAGCAGAACUUGCAGUCAGCAAUGAGCUUCAUAAGAGCAAGCCACAAGAUAGAGGGCUCAGCACAUCAAACCACCAGUCCCCAAUGUUUGUGAGAACAUCUGCAACCAUCCAGGGGCCGUGAUGCCAUCGAGGCUCUUUUCGGCAACGCUCUGGACCGUGCUGGAGGGCCUGGGGCUCUGGGGCCCAGCCACCCUCACCACACGUGGGCCAGGCCGGCACCUGUCCGUCAGCUCUGCGAACUGCACCGGCCCCCAGGAGCCCCCCCGAAAGAAACUGCUCUCGGAAAAGAAGCUGAAACGGUACUUUGUGGAUCAUCGGAGAGUGUGUGUCCGCGGAGGCAACGGAGGCAGCGGGAUGAGCUGCUUCCACAGCGAGCCCAGGAAGGAGUUCGGGGGCCCCGAUGGCGGCGACGGAGGCAGCGGCGGCCAUGUCAUCCUGAGAGUUGACAGGCGGGUGAAAUCCUUGUCCUCAGUCCUGUCGCGGUAUCAGGGUUUCAACGGAGAGGAUGGUGGCCGGAAAAACUGCUUUGGACGCAACGGUGGGCCCCUGUAUGUCCAGGUUCCCCUGGGGACACUAGUCAAGGAGGGAAACGAAGUCGUGGCUGACCUCUCUCGUCCGGGCGAUGAGUACGUCGCCGCGCUGGGGGGCAUGGGGGGAAAGGGCAACCGCUUCUUCCUGGCCAACGACAACCGUGCCCCCACAACCUGCACCCCUGGGCAGCCGGGCCAGGAGCGUCUUCUCCUCCUGGAACUCAAGACAGUGGCGCACGCAGGGCUGGUUGGAUUCCCCAACGCCGGCAAGUCCUCCCUGCUGCGAGCCCUUUCGAACGCCAGGCCCGCCGUGGCUCCGUACCCCUUCACAACCCUCAACCCCCACGUUGGCAUCGUUCACUACGAAGGCCACCAGCAGAUUGCAGUGGCCGACAUCCCCGGCAUCAUCCGCGGUGCGCACCAGAACCGGGGCCUGGGGCUCGCCUUCCUGAGGCACGUGGAGCGGUGCCGCUUCCUCCUGUUCGUGGUGGAUCUUUCCACGCCAGAGCCGUGGACACAGGUUGAGGCCUUAAAAUACGAGCUGGAGAAGUAUGAAGUGGGCCUGUCUGAGAGGCCCCAUGCCAUCGUGGGGAACAAAGUGGACCUCCCCGAGGCCCGAGCCCGCCUCCCCCAGCUGCGGGCUCGCCUGGGGCAGCGGGUCAUCGCCCUGUCGGCCCUGACCGGGCAGAACUUGGAGGAGCUGCUGCUGCACCUGAAGGAGCUGCACGACGAGGUCGCGGGGGCCGAGCUCAGCCAGGGCCGCGAGCCCCUGAGGUGGUAGUGGGGCCGCCACCGCCAGCACGUCCCUCCAGGGGGAGCGCCCGCACCCAGGAAGGCAGCCAGAGACGGUGGGGGUGGGACAGCCACAGAUCGCAGGAGGUUUUCCAGGCUGCUGCACAAAUAAAGCCUCAUUAUCAAAG